UCUCUCUCUCUCUCUCUCUCUCUCUCUCACACACACACACACACAUUAAGGUCGUUUGGUAUCAUGUCAAGGCCAUUGAUGCCAUUAACUGUUGGGAGAGUUGUAGGUGAAGUAGUGGAUACCUUCACACCAAGUGUGAAAAUGAAUGUUACCUAUAACUCCAGCAAGCAAGUCUUUAAUGGCCAUGAGUUUAUGCCUUCUGCCAUUAUUGCAAGGCCUCGAGUUGAGAUAGGAGGGGAGGACAUGAGGACUUUCUACACUCUUAUCAUGACAGACCCAGAUGCUCCAGGCCCUAGUGAUCCAUACUUAAGAGAGCAUCUUCACUGGAUUGUUACAGAUAUUCCUGGUACCACGUACGCUUCCUUUGGGAAGGACAUCAUGGAGUAUGAGAUUCCGAAGCCGAUCAUCGGUAUCCAUAGGUAUGUAUUCAUUCUGUUCAAGCAGAAAGGGAGACGAACUGUUCAAGCACCAGCAACAAGAGAUCGUUUCAGUACAAGAGAGUUUGCUGAAGCCAAUGGUUUAGGUCUUCCAGUUGCUGCAGUUUACUUCAAUGCACAGAGAGAAACAGCUGCAAGAAGAAGAUAAGGAGGAGAUAAGGAGGAGAUCAGGAGAAUGAUAUGAAAUAAAGCAAGAGAGAGAGAGAGAGAGAGAAUAAAGGGCACAAGAGGCUAGGAACGGCGAGUCGGUUUUCAUGUCAUCACAUCAUUGACGGCGAGGAGGAGUGGGGUUAUGUUAUAUUGUGGGGGUUAGCCCCAGUUUGGCUUUGUUUGUUUUGAUUUGGUUUGGUCAUGAGAUACUGUAAACGUAGGAUGGGAUGGGCACUGAACUAAUAUUAGCUAUACCAAGUAGGUUCCUGUUCUCUUCUCUUCUUUUUUUAACUUCUUUAGCUUAAUUUUACUGAUCAGGAUAUGUUAGGGUCCAACUCAAAAAACCUUUGCGUCUUUUCCAAGAUUUGAAUAGACGAGUGGCAGGCCAUAGGUCAUUGUGUUUGUUACUUUGAUGUACUUGGUUUUGGAUCUGCUUUUCAAUUAUUAAUUCAAUGAAGUCAGUUAAAAAUGCUCUA